AUGCUUGUUGUUAACUUCAUGCAUGAGUGCGAGUUGGGCACCUGGAAGUCACUCUUCACCCAUCUAAUUAGGCUUCUGUAUGCUCUUGCUCAGGGUAGUCAGCUAGUCUCCACCCUCGAUCACAGAUUUCGCCAGGUCCCUACAUUUGGCAAUGGCGUCAUUCGAAAGUUUGCAAAUAAGACCUCGGAGAUGAAAAGAUUGGCAGCGCGUGACUUCGAAGACAUCUUACAGUGUUCUAUUCCAGUUUUCGAGGGGCUGUUCCCCACUGACCACAAUGCAGCUGUGCAGUCUCUGCUAUAUCAGUUUGCACAGUGGCAUGCGCUCGCCAAGCUCAGGAUGCACUCAGACUCUACAGUAAUCUUUCUUGAAGAUAUAUUCAAGAAGCUCUCUCAGAGGUUGCGGAAAUUUCAAUGCGACACUUGUGCUGCUUUCGCUAUGAUCAAGUUACCAAGAGAAAAAGCAGCUCAACUACGGAGGCUUGCUUGGCGUUCUGAAAAUACCUCCUCUACAGAAUCAAGUAGUCCAAGACUCUUUGGGACAACAGAUUCUUUCACUACUCAAAUGGGAGAACUUGCACACAGAACUCUCAAGGCCUUUUAUCCACUGACAAGCAAAUUAUAUACCCCAGGACAGUUAGCAAAGCACGAAUGCAGACGCCGUGUGCUUCGACGCAUAGCAGAAAUUGGGGGUGUAACCUCCGGCCUUGAUAGCCAUUCACCCACCGAUGUCCCCCCUUCCAUGUCCUCUAGAAGCCACCACCAUAUUGUGACCACUCAAAGCAAUACAAUCAAUUUAUUCACAUUCCUUCGAGAACAUGGUGGCGAUCCAGCAGUUAAGGAUUUUGUACUGAGACUCAAGGACCACAUCCUUUACAGGCUUCGGGAACUUGACAUUACCUAUUGUGACCACACAUUCAUGGAUGAAGAUCACAACUCAGUAAUCAUUCCUAACAACAUGAUCUAUUCAGUCCAGACCAUGCAGGUCAAUUACACAAUAUAUGAUCUCAGACGCAAGUAUGAUACCAUCAGCCCUCAGACACAUGCUGAUGUUAUGGUGCUUUCGGGGGAAACAACACCCAGCCAUCCAUAUUGGUAUGCCCACAUACUGGGCAUCUAUCAUGUAGAAACAUGGCUGAAUGAUGGAGGUUCACCUGUGAAGCAGCACCUCGAAGUUCUCUUUGUGAGGUGGCUAGCACCAUUGCAGACCCAUAUGUCCGGCAUGAAGCAUGCUCAUCUUCCCAAGGUUGCCUUUGUAGAGGAAGUAGACCCUGACACAUUUGGGUUUCUCAAUCCAAGGCAGGACAUGGUACAAGCUCCCUUCGCUAUGCUCCUUGUCACUAAACUCAUCAUUACAUUCUUUGUGACCCUCAUCAUCACUGACCUCUUCGUGGUCUGCAUCCUCAACAAUAUCCAUGACAUAUUGCCAGUCAGAAUCCCUAUUCUGGCCAACACCAAAGUGAGUAUAUCACAUGAACAUAUCACAGUCAACAAAUCUGACUCAAAGGUUGAUACUCUUCCCAGUCAUCUAGCUCCCCCCCAGGAUGGGGAAGAUGAUGACAUGUUUGAUGACCUCCUCUUGUUUUAA